GGCUUCCGAGCGGCGGCCCCGGAGGGCGUCAGUUCGCCGCGCGGGAGGCCGCGGCAUGGGGCGGGUGCAGCUCUUCGAGAUCCGCCUGAGCCACGGCCGUGCAGUCUACAGCCCCGGGGAGCCGCUGGCCGGGGCCGUGCGCGUGCGCCUGGGGGCGCCGCUGUCAUUCCGAGCCAUCCGGGUGACCUGCACAGGUUCCUGUGGGGUUUCCAACAAGGCCAAUGAUGGGGCAUGGGUGGUGGAGGAAAGCUACUUCAACAGCUCUCUGUCACUGGCUGACAAGGGGAGCUUGCCAGCUGGAGAGCACAGUUUUCCCUUCCAGUUCCUGCUUCCCUCCACAGCGCCCACAUCCUUCGAGGGACCUUUUGGGAGGAUUGUUCACCAGGUCAGGGCCACUAUCGACACCCCACGUUUUUCUAAGGAUCACAAGUGCAGCCUCGUUUUCUAUAUCCUGAGCCCCCUGAACCUGAACAGCAUCCCAGACAUUGAGCAACCCAAUGUGGCCUCCACCACCAAGAAGUUCUCCUACAAGCUGGUGAAGACAGGCAGUGUGGUCCUCACUGCUAGCACUGACCUCCGUGGCUACGUGGUGGGGCAGGUGCUGCGGCUGCAGGCUGACAUUGAGAACCAGUCAGGCAAGGACACUGGCCCUGUGGUGGCCAGUCUGCUGCAGAAAGUGUCCUAUAAAGCCAAGCGCUGGAUCUACGACAUACGGACCAUUGCAGAGGUAGAGGGUGCAGGUGUCAAGGCCUGGAGACGUGCUCAAUGGCAGGAGCAGAUCCUGGUGCCUGCCUUGCCCCAGUCAGCCCUGCCGGGUUGCAGCCUCAUACACAUUGACUACUAUCUGCAGGUCUCCAUGAAGGCACCUGAAGCCACCGUGACCCUCCCAGUCUUUGUUGGCAAUAUUGCUGUGAACCAUGCCCCGCUGAGCCCCCUGCCAGGCCCAGGAUCACCUCUUGGGGCCUUUUCCCCUGUGGUACCCUCUGCGCCACCUGAGGAGGCUGAGGCUGUGGCUGGUGCCUCCCAUCUCUCAAACCCAGUCUCUCUCUCUACCAAGAGCCACUCCCAGCAGCAGCCAUUGUCUGCUGCCUUGGGUUCUGUGCCUGUUGCCCCUGAGUCCUGUGCUCAGGAUGGCAUCCUUGCUCCCCACUCCCUGCACCCUCCUUUGUGCGUCUCUACAGGUGCUACUGUCCCCUACUUUGCAGAGGGCUCCGGGGGUCCAGUGCCCACCACUAGCACCUUGAUCCUGCCCCCAGAGUACAGCUCAUGGGGCUACCCUUAUGAGGCCCCACCGUCCUAUGAGCAGAGCUGUGGUGGCGGUACUGAUGCUGGCCUGACCCUCGAGAGCUGACCCUUGAGAGCUGACCCUAUGCUGCCUUCUCCGGCGGGCCUGGCCUCUGCCCUGGGAUGGGGCACCCAGGGCCUCGUGCCUUUGCUGUGGCCCGGCCACUCAGGAUCAGGACCCGCAGCUGCCGGGAUCACCUCCCCUGCAGACCAACCUCUCCCAGCUUCUUGGAGCCAGCCCUCUUCUCCCAGGGCUUGGGUGGGGGCGGCAGGGAACUGGGACCUGGAGAGACUGUAAAUAAAGCGCUUUAUUUGUAGAGUUGGGCAGAGGCCAGCGGGCUAGCCCUCCAAGCUUGACUUGGGCGGACCCUGUGGGGUGCUCAUCCUGGCCUCACAAUGUGGUCGUCAGA